GUGUAAUAUCCGGCAUGUACUAACUGCCACAGUCAAAUACAGGAGAAUCUCAGCCGCCGCCCCAGAAUCCGACUCGAGGUGAAGAAGAGAACAACGCCAGUCCAAGAUGGAGGGUCGAUGUUUUCUUCUCCUUCUGUUCCUGGUUGUGCCGGCAUUGACCGAUGACCCCUGUAUUUGUCCCGAUGGGUUUGAGGCCAUUGACGGGACUUGCUACUAUUUCUCGAACGAUAAGAAAGAAAUAGACGAGGCGAAGUGGGACUGUGAAUACCUAGGUGGCUCCCUGGCCACCUUUGACGACUGUGAAACGUUGGGAGAGGUUACAUCAAGUGCCGAGCCUUGUCCGUACUGGAUCAACCCUCAGACUUCUGCUGACUGUGUGGAGGAAUACCCACCGGACUACUACUACAAGUACAUUUGCCAGAUUCCUAAAGAGACGGAAUGUGAACUAUACUGUAAUGGCAAGUGUUGGAAGGAAGGCAUGCUGGGCUGUAGUGGGCCGGCCGGCCGGCGGGCUCCUUCGGACUCCCAGUGCACCUGUCCAGAAGGCGAGUUUUGCUGUGUACCACCUGAUGAGCCUUCAUGCGCAAUGAAUUGUUCAGGAAAAUGUCUGCAGCCUGACCCAGAUAUGGACAACGAAGGCUGUAGCGGAAAAUGGGAGGAUGCCGACACGUGUCCCUGCCCAUACGGAACGCGCUGCUGUUGCAAAAAAGAAAUACCAUGUGAAGUAGACUGUACCGGCACGUGCCGUGAUCCCACCGAACUGUUCCAGUGUUUUGGAGACUUCGAGUGGGCCCCCGAAGGGGAUGAUUGUGCCUGUCCGACGGAAGGCGAUCGUUGCUGUGUGCCAAAAAAGACGAACAACUGUGGAUCAGACUGUCACGGAGAGUGUCGGUAUAGUGAGGAAGGCUGUGAUGGGAACUGGAUGCCUCCCGAGCAGUGCUACUGUGACGACGGCAGGGAAUGCUGUUGUAAAGAAGGUACUUAUCAGGAAUGCCCCAACCACGAUAAGCAAUGUUGGCGUGGUUGA